AGCGUUAGGCGGGUAAGUUUCAAAACACAAAUGGCGACGGUGAGAGGCGAAGCACUUCUGGAAAGGACUGACCCUUCCUUCUUGAAAUCAUGCAACACCACCGAACUGCAGGAAACAGGAGAGGGAGAAAUUAUGGCUCCUUAUCUGAUGGACUGCAGGCGAAAACAGAAGCAUAUAUUCAGGCAGCUGUGUGUGGUCCAUGACAUGAUCCAGCUGCUGGCAGGUCUGGAGUCAGUGGAUCAGCUGCUGAAUGAGCCAUGUCCCCAAAACCCAGGUAAUGAAGCUCGUUCUGCAUGGAAGGCUUUAAAAGCAGAAUAUCAGGAGAGAGUUCAGGAGGUGGAAGGGCUGAUCAGUGCUUUCCAGGUCCGCAUGGAAGAGCUUCAGGGUAAACGGCAGAAACUGGAGACUCUACUGUCCACUCUACAGAUAAAGAAGGACGAGUGCAAAGAGAAGGAGAGAAUCACAGCUAAACAAAAUCAGAGAGCUGAGAAACAAAUCAGCUUUCAGUUGGAAGAUUCCUUCCAGGCAGCCCAGAACGCCUUGAAUGUGUGUGAUGUUCAUCUGUCUAAGCUCAAGGAUGAGUUUGAAAGACAGCAGGCUCGAAUUAGUGACUGGACUCUAUUAAGGGACAGGCUGCAAACCUUGGUCACAGUGACUCACAGAAAUAUGCAGUAUAGGCUGCUCUCAGUCAGUCCCUCUGAGCUGUGCCUUGAGCUUUUGCCUCGUGCUGCCGAAAAAUCACUUGAACCGCUGCGUGUCUCCGUCACCAUGACAGCCAGUGACGAGUUCCAUCUUCAGGUGUUUCAGGGAACGGCUGGCCUGGUAGAGGAGGCGGUGAACGGCCCGCUUAGGCAAGUGAGCGCCGCCCUUGUGGAGGUGAUGGAGCGGUACAUAAGUCAAGGAGAGAUGCUAUCUGAGAUUCAGGCUCUUCACUCCAGGUUUGCGAUUGAUUGGUGUCCUGCUGAAAAGCUUCUGAUCUUUCUCAAGACUGCGACCACCGUAUGUCACCUGAGGGUUGAGGAGGGUUACCCAUCACACGGUCGAGCUACUCUCCUGUCUGUGAGAAAAGACGGCAAUCUGUUUGAUAUCACCAAUCUACAGCCCUCAGAGCAACAUCCUGUCCUGACAGAGUGGCUUGAGUUUCUCUCCUCCAAUCCGAACAUCUGAUGUGAACGUCAAAAUGUACUCCUGCCCUGACUCAGAAAGGAAGAUCUCCAUCACGUAUGUCAUGUCCUGAGUCAG